AAGAAAUAACCUCCCAACUCCCAAAACAUUUUAAUUUGUCAUUUUGUUCUUUUACUUUAAUAUUUGAAUGUAUUGAAUAUUAUUUAAAUUUUUAUAAGAAACAUGUCAGAAUCCGAUGGAAGCUCUCUUUCUCCAGCCGAAAAAAAGAUAUUUGAAGCUAUAGAAAAUAAUGAUUCGGUCGUUCUGAAAGCCCUCCUAACAGAAAAACCACAAAAUGUAAAUAUAUUAGACGAAAACAAAAUGACUCCUCUGCAACAUGCCGCUUAUAAAGGAAACAAGGAAAUUGUUCAAACUUUACUUGAUCAAGGUGCUAAUGUAAAUACUUGUGAACAUCAACAUAAUUACACUGCCUUACAUUUUGCUGCACUCUCAGGAAACAUAGAUGUUUGCCUUUUAUUACUUGUGGCAGGAGCAAAAUCUACAGUAACCAAUACAGUAGGAAGAACACCAUCACAAAUGGCAGCAUUUGUUGGACAUCACAACUGUGUGGCUACAAUAAACAAUUUCGUUUCUAAAGAUGAGAUUGAGUUUUACACGUGUGUUAACGAUACCCAAACUAAAACCAUUUUACCACCAUUUUUAGUUGAAAGUGUUCAUAAAUUUGUUAUGCAAGUCAAUGUUCAUCCGGUGAGGAUUGUGAUGAACAUAAACCAUUUUACCAGUCUUCAAGAUUACCUUCCCCAACUAAAGAAUCUUUUAGAAUUAAUGUCAGAAAGAGAAAUGAAACGAGGUCUGGAAAAUAACGAAGUGAUGUCAUUCAAGUUUUAUUAUUUAUCGUAUAUUAUUGGGGAGGUUAUCCAGAUCAGACAAAAACAAUCUAACAGAAAGGACGAAGAAGAUAAACCAGAUAUCACAGCGAUUUUCGCAAAAAAAUUGCUCAGUCCUGGCAAAGACGAGAAUAUGGAGUUUAUGGACGACUUUUUAAAAUACUGCAUUAAAGAGUUUCCAUAUAAGGAGACUACAUUGUUUCGACAGAUGGUGGCAACACUGUCUUCAGAAGAGCCCCCUUCUGCUCUGUUUGUAAUUAGCACAGUUAUUAAUGGACAACGAGGAUUUUUGGAUAACAUACCUCGUUGUUACACUUGUGGCGAAGAACAGCCCGCCAAGAAAUGUUCGAAAUGUAAAGCAGUGCAAUAUUGCGAUCGGGACUGUCAAAGAUUACACUGGCCUUGGCACAAAAAGUCUUGUGCCAGGUUAGAACAGAAAAAUACGGUAGCCAGCAAAAACAAGAAACCGGGGUCUGACGGUAUUGAUAUAAAAGAAUUGCGACAGUAUUUAGAAGACAAUUAAUUUGUUUGAUAGCUUUUAAUUUAUAGGAAAAAAAGUGCUUUAAAUUUUAAGAUAUAAUUGAGUAUAAUAAACACUGAUGACCAUGAA